AUGAGUAUUCGCUCAUUCGACCAUGCGCAGGCGGUAGGAACCCCGCCAGACGGUUCCGAUACGAUUGAUAUCGAGGCUCAUCCGCGAUCACCGAGUAAAGAGGAUUUUCCGAAGUUUGAAGAUGGCCCGUCCCUAGAUACAUUUACGACAGCUACGAAAGUCAACUCCGCAGAUACUGUCAAAAACCGCAUUCGUCGCUCCACUACCGCGCGCUCAUAUCAUCCUGAAGGUGUUGCUCCAGAUCCGAGCUGGCAACCCGGAACCGAACCGGGAAUUGACACGACCAAACCGCUCCCUCCUUACAACUCUGACUGGACUCCAUCCAUACCGAGUCAUCUCCACAAACGAUGCGAAAUAAUUGUCGUGGAUUUCUCUCAGCAUGAGAUGCGACAAUAUGCGUUGGACAAUGAUACACUAGAGCCCUUUCUGGCAAGGGAAAGAGAACCGUGGGUGCAGUGCAGGUGGAUUAAUGUCAACGGUCUCAGCUGGGACGUUAUUAGGACACUUGGAAACCACAAGAAAAUCCACAGACUUGCGAUUGAAGACCUGAUCAACACAACGAAUCGCACGAAAGCGGAUUGGUACUCGGAUCAUGCAUACGUCGUGCUUACCCUGCAGAAGUUGAUCAAGCUCCAGCAAGAUGAUAGCGACUCUGAAGAUGAGGACGCUGACGAUCGAGCGACCUCUAGACCUCGGGAUCGAAGGAGCUCAGUGACAAGCGAUAAAAGCUCUGUCUCCUUGAAGUGGCUUUCCAAGCGGGGUGUCAUUUUGGAAGCGCUCAAAGAUUUAUUCAAAAGGUCUCCAGAAAAGAGCAAGCACAAAAAAUCCAAUAGUCCUGCUGGUGUUCGUCCAGCGGGCAAGGCGUUCUCGAAACAGGCAUCCCUAUUAGGUGCUAAUGCUAUCCGAGGGACUCCUGCUCGCAGCAUCCAGCGUUUUCGGGGUGGCCCAAAUGAAGACCGAAUCGAAUUUAUGGAGCGGCAUGCCGUAUUGGCGACCAAGGGCUUGUGCGUUACCUUGGAGCAGGUCUCAAUCUUCCUACAUGCGGAUAAUACCGUGACGUCUUUCUUUGAGACCAGCGCGGAUGAUAUCGAGGCUCCUAUCGUCAAACGUCUUAGCUCACCAGAGACGAUCCUACGUCAAUCCUGCGAUGCUAGCAUGCUCGUGCAGGCGAUUCUAGACGCAAUAAUCGAUCUGGCAAUACCAGCCACCAUGGCCUAUCAGGAUGCGAUAGGUGACCUGGAACUGGAGGUCUUGACAGACCCAGACAUCGACCAAUCGAAGAGCCUUUACAUCCUCACAUCUGAGAUUGCAAUUCUCCGGAGUUUCAUGCAACCCAUAGUAACCGUGAUAAAUGCUCUUCGGGAUCAUCGAUCGGAGCCUGUGAGCACUCCUGGUUUCGCUGUUUUCAAAUCGACGCCAUUCCAUUCAAAUUCAGCGUCUGAGCCACAUGUGGGAGCAAUGACUCCAAACCUCAAAAGCUUAGGAGGGUCUAGUGUUACAAUCAGUCCCAUGUGUCAUACAUAUCUGGGAGAUGCGCUUGAUCACUGCAUCACAAUUGUCGAGAGUUACGAUCAAAUGAGACGGGCUGCGGAUAACAUGAUUGAUUUGAUUUUCAACACAAUUGGUGCCUUUCAGAACGAGAGCAUGAAACAGCUUACUCUUGUGACCUGUCUUUAUCUACCGUUGACAUUCCUUACGGGUUACUUUGGAAUGAACUUCGAUGACUUUAAGGGUAUUCAGCAUAGCGAUGGAUACUUCUGGAGGAUUGCGGUUCCGUUCGUUUGUGCUACUACUCUCCUUCUGAUGCGUGACAAAAUCCAACGCUAUGUGGUGCUACUCGCUCAGAGACGACUGAUUACCAGUUCUAGAAAGCAGCGGAAGGAGAGAAAGGUCAAAUGA